CUCGCUGGAAACCGACUAGAGGAACGGAAAAUGGCGGACCUCGAAGACGUUACGCUGGACGGGAGACCGCUCCAGUCCCUCCGAGUGGCGGAUCUGAAGGCGGCUCUGGAGGAGAGGGGGCUCUCAAAGAGCGGCCAGAAAAAUGCUCUGAUCAAGCGACUCAAGGGGGCACUUAUGUUGGAGAAUCUUCAGAGGACCUCCACUGCUCACAUUGGCCUGCAGCCAAACUCUCAGAUUGGUGAGGAAAUGAGCCAGAACAGCUUUAUCAAGCAGUAUCUGGCUAAACAACAGGAGCUUCUGCGGCAGCGUCUGGAGAGGGAGGCCCGCGAGGCAUAUGACACAAAUGAUCAAGAGGACCAUGCAGAAGUUCACAAUAGUACCUCAUGUCCUCCUCAAGCCCAGGAUGUCACACCAGCAUUGCCUGAGCAGCACAAACCACCGGGCCCCUCUGGUGGAGAGGGAUUUUUUAGUGAAGGGAAUGAUGAAGAGGGUGAUAGGAACAACGAAGCUGACAUGUCCAGUCCUCCUGCGUCUGGCUCUGUGGCCAUGCGUGUUCCUGCUGGUGAACACCGGCCAGAGAGGGAUUUUGCAUCCAGUGAAGUCGCAGCUGACAGCGAUGAUGAUGAUAGUGACGAAGCAGAGGAGGAUGGUGACGAUGAUGAUUGGGACAGUGGUGCUCGAAGGAGAAAUCUCAGAGAGCCAGCCAGAGUGCCCUCAAGCAGAGAGAGGUCUGGAGCAUCCUGUCAACCCCAGCAGCAACACAUCCCUUCCCUUUUGUCUCCACAGCUCCGCCAACCAACACCUCCACCCUCCCCGCCUCCAGAGUUAUCAUUCCCCUUGCCUGACACCCCUAAACAGAGCCCUCCGAGUCCAGAUGUAGCUCCCCCUAGGCACUCACCCAGUACCUCCAGCUCUGGCUCCUCUAGCAGUGGCAGCCGCAGCAGCAGCCCAGAGCCACAGAGGAGUGGACAUAAUGAGCGCAAGCCCGGCCCACUGACCCUCCUGGCACGUAAAAUGGAGUCAGAAGGUGCGUUCUCAGGAGCAGGUUGGCAUGGCGGUGAUGUGGAAGGCGAUAGGCGUGAUAACAGUUCGCCUUCAGCCACAUUGUUUCCAAGCAGAGGGCCUCCAGAGGGUCUGGUAUCUGCCAUCACCCACACAGCCAACACUGCAGGCCAUAUGCCAUUUCCCAUGAUUCCAGGCACAAACCAAGGUGUCACAGGGGCACAUUCAGCCCAUAUUCAAGUACCUGUGAGUGUACUUAAAGCCAAUACGACAGGAGAGAGGGACAGACAGAGGGAAUUGGAGAUAGAAAGAGAAGAGCUUGAGAGGCAGAGAAAACUUGAGCAAGAGAAAGCAAUGGAGUUGGAGCGGGAAAGAGCUCUUGCACUUGAGCGUGAGGAGAAGCAGAGAGCUUUGGAGAGAGAGAGAAUUGAGCGACAGCAGGCCUUAGAAAGAGAGGAACGAGAAAAAGCCUUACAGCUGGAGAGAGCGCUUGCUCUUGAGCGAGAGAGAAAGGAGAGGGAACUUGUCCUUGAGCGAGAGAGGCAGGAGAGGGAACUUGCUCUUGAGCGAGAGAGACUGGAGCGGGAACUAGCUUUGGCUAAAGAGAGGGAGGAACGAGAGCAAGCCUUAGCCAGAGAAAGAAAGGAGAGGGAACUUGUCCUUGAGCGAGAGAGGCGAGAGAGGGAACAACUAGCUUUGGCUAUAGAGAUGGAGGAGCGGGAGCAAGCCUUAGCACGAGAGAGGGCCCUGGAGCGACAGAAGGAGCUGGAAAGACAGAGGGUUCUCGAGCAAGAGCGUUUACAGAGAGAAAGGGAGGAUAGGGAGAAGAGAGAGAGGGAAGAAAUGGAGAGGGCUAUGGAGCUAGAAAGAGCUAAGGCUUUGGAGAGGGAAAGGCAGGAGAGAGAAAGGGCAAUUGAGCAGGAGAGGUUGGAGAGGGAAAGAGCUUUGGAGGCUGAGAGACGGCAGAGAUUUGAAAGAGAGAAGGCUUUGGAGCAGGAAAAGUUAGAAAGGGAAAGGUUAGAGAGGGAGAAAGCCUUAGAGCAUGAGAGACUAGAAAGGGAGAGAGCCCUGGAGCAAGAGAAGAUAGAAAAAGAGAAAGCUUUAGAGCAGGAGAGAAUUGAGAAAGAGAGAACCUUAGAGAGGGAGAGAAUUGAGCGAGAGAAAGCCCUGGAGUUAGAGAGAAUAGAAAGAGAAAAGGCUUUAAAGCAAGAAAGGUUGGAGAGGGAGAGAGCCCUAGAGCUUGAGAGGAAGGAAAAGGAGAGAAUUGAACAAGAGAGAGGAUUGGAGCGAGAGAGGAUAGGGAGAGAAAAGGCCUUGGAACGAGAACGGGAGGAAAAAGAGAGAGCAGAGAGGAAGUCAGCUCUAGAGAAGGAAAGAGCUGAAAGGCUAGAGGGGGAGAAACUAGAACAGGAGCGAGCCUUAGAGAAGGAGACGAAGGAGAAAGAGAGAGCCCUAAAGGAAGAGAGGGAAAGGGCUCUCGAACGCCAACGAAAAGAAAAAGAGGAACAGGAGAAAGAGCAAGCUAGGAUGGCUGAAAAGGAGAGAGAGAGUCACCUCCCUCCAUCCAAACGUGGCCGUGAGAUUGGUCUCACCUCCCUGCCCACUCCUCCCUCCCUCUCCACAGGACAAGCUAGAAAAUUAUCGACGGAGGCAGGAGCGCAGGAAGAUGUCCAUGCUCAAAUACCACGGAGUGAAAGCCAAGCCGCAGAAUCCAGUUCACCCAUGUCACCAACACCUCUGUCACAACAGUCAUCAUUUAAGAAGUUCCGGUUCUUAAGGGACUCUCCAAUUCAGCCACAGCCUUCCUCCACUUCCAUGGUUAUCAAGAGGCCCAGGACCUUCUCUGACACCCCCCAGCCCCAGGCCUCACCUGUCCUCUCCCCCUCCAGUGUUGCGGAACAACUACAGCAGGAAGGACACAGGCCCUCUGCUGGACAAGAAGAUCGAAAGAUGCAGAUAAAACCAGAGGUUGUCGCUGAGCCACCAGGACCCACAAAGAACGAGGCUGCAAAACCUGUACCAGAUGACAAAGAACAGGCAGAGUCGGUGAAGGCUGAACAUGCUGCCAAGGAUUCCACCCAAAAAGUGGAUGAAAGCAAGAACCGUUCAAGCCCACUAGCCCAGCGGGAGGGUAGGGAUGCUAAGAAGCAAGAGAAACCAACAAGACGAAGAUCAACAUCCAACGAUUCCUCCUCCUCAGGGUCUGGCUCUGAGUCCUCAUCAUCUCGGUCCUCUAGAUCGUCUGCAUCUUCUCAAGAGGAAACUUCCUCCUCCAGAAAUAGAAGGGAGGUGAAACCUGUAAGAGACUCUUCACCACCGCACAGGAUGACUGUGGAGAUUCUUGCUGAGGGUUCUAAAGAAAUCCCAGAAGCCACUCCUCCCAAAAGAGCGGUAUCUGGAGAAAUGAGUAACACAACUGCAUAUGGAGACAGCCACAUCAAGAAACCUUUCGUUGAAGCUGCACCUGGAGAGGAGACACAAAGAAAAAGAACAGACAGUGAAAGAGAAGAGGAAAAGGACAAACAAAGGCAGGUGAAGGAGACUGGCAUGGCAGAGUCAGAGAAGCUUCAAGAGAACAGCGAGGAGACACCAAAGGCCUUCUCCGCUCGUAAGAUCUCUCUUAGCAGCAACAAAUUGUCGCCAGGCCCCGGCAGUGUGGAGGGAGAGCAGGAGUCUGGGGCUGCGGCCGGUCGCAAGAGGCGGUGGGGUUCCAGCACAGCUGUCACUGCCAAGAAGCCUUCCAUCAGCAUCACCACAGACUCACUGAAGUCUCUGAUCCCAGACAUCAGACCAUGUCUUGGUCAAGAGGCAAUAGUGGAUCUGCACCCAGAGGAAGCUGUCCUCUCUGGGGUUGAGGAUGAAGAGAGGGAACGCUCUGACCAGGACCUUCAAAUCCGUCGCACUGUCACACAGGUGGUGCACUUGGAGAGCAAGGAGAACGGACAGAAAGAGGUGAAGAGGAGCAGACAUGAGGAUCUGGAGGAGGAAGAUCUACAGGAAGAGAAAGACAGAGGAAUGACGCUUGAAGAGAAGAUGGACGUCUCAUUUCCUGGAGCAGUGGAAACCCAAUCACCAUCACAUACAGGCCAUGAUGUAGAAAUCAACACUGUGACCCCCAGCGACACCCUCAUUCGUCGCUCCAUUAGCCAGCAGAAAACGGGUGUCUCCAUCACAAUUGAUGACCCCGUCCGCACGUCCCAGCAGCCUUCACCGCCUCGUGGCAAAGUCUCCAACAUAGUUCAUGUCUGCAACCUGGUGCGGCCAUUUACUUUGGGACAACUGAAGGAGUUGCUCAGCCGAACAGGCACUCUGGUGGAGGACAGCUUCUGGAUUGAUAAAAUCAAGUCCCACUGCUAUGUCACUUACUCGUGCUCCGAGGAGGCUGUUGCCACACGGGAAGCUCUUCAUGGAGUGAAAUGGCCUCAGAGCAACCCAAAAGUCCUUAGUGUGGACUUCUGCCAGCAAGAUGAGCUGGACUUCCACAAAGGCCUGGUGAUGGCCGACAGAACUGGAGCAGAGGAACAGGGGCCUGGCACUGGUCGUGGUCGAACAUCAGGCCUGCCCUCUCUCCUCCCUGAGCGAGACCAGUGGGCUGAGCGUGAGCGUGAAAUGGAGCGCCGGGAGAGGGCCAAAGCAGAGCGGGAGUGGGAUCGGGACAAGGUUAAAGAGUUCGGCAAACCUGGGUCAGAGAAGGAGGGAGGUCCUAGAAGGUCGCGCUCCAGAGAAAGAAAACGUAAAGAGAGGGGAAAGAGCAAAGACAAAAAGACUGAAAAAAAGGAGAAAGCAGCUGAGGAUCCUCCAGCAAAGCUGCUUGAUGACCUGUUCCGAAAAACUAAAGCAGCUCCUUGCAUAUACUGGCUUCCACUUACCGAUGAACAGUUUAUCCAGCGAGAAACUGCCAGAGCAGACCGGGCGAAGGAGCGAGAGAAACGGAGGAAGGAGCAAGAGGAGGAGGAAGAGAAAAAAAGGGAAGAAGAACGAAAAGAGAGGAUGAAAGCUGGAGGUGGAACAACAGGAGACCGGAGUGAGGGUGAGAAGGACAAGGACAGAGAAAGAGACAGAGGUAGAGAGAGGGACAGGGAGAGGGAGAGGGAAAAUGAUAAACGCAGGGAUGGCUUCAGAAGGCAGGGGGGCAGCGGGGCAGGUGGCGGCAGCAGCCGACGCUCACGCAGCCGCAGCGACCCGCGAGAAAGACGGCGCUAACAGCCUAUCACCUGAUGGAACUGUCCUAGAGACCCCCCCGCUUCCAUUUGCCUUUCACUACAUGUACUUUGUUACAACUAAUACCCAACAGAGGACCAACUGAUGUCGUCACCAUCUCUCAAAUUGUCACCUUUUCUAGAGCACAUCUGCACCCACACACAGUCUUGCUUAAAGGGGACCAUGUUUUUUUGCAGUGUUGUUUCCCAGAGUGCUGUACGUCUUGCUCUUGUCGAGGUUUGAUAUUUUGUUCCUACUAGAUUUGCCUCUCUCUCAUUUUUCUUCUUUUUUCUUUUGACAGCAUAGCAGUAUGGCACACUGGGUGAUUUUGAUUAUUUCCCUCAAUGUUACCCACUUACCCCAAAUUGUAGGUGCCAAUUCUGAUUUGCAAUCAAUUGUUGUUGCCUCUGUGUUUUUACACUUGAUUUGGAUGAAGAAUCCUUUUGUUGCUGCAUGUAAUUCAAGGCUCUCGUUGCCAGUCCUGCCCACAGAGGAAACUCAGCCCUUUGUGCAGAGGUGUUUGGCAUUUUGUACAGAAAUAAAGAGAGCUCAAAAUCAAGUCUUUAAAUGAGGCAGCUCUGGGAUAUUUUUGGACAGGUCUGGAAUAACUAUUAAGGCAAUGAAAUGUUCGUCUCUCCCUUUGCUUAGUGAGAGAAAUGAGACGAAUCUGUGUGUGAGAGAGUCCUGAUCAUGUCCUUAUUGCUUCUCUUCCUCCUCCCAUCUUUCCUCCUCUUCCUCCAGUCAUCUUAGCCUGUCAUGUUCAUACAGGCUCAAGAGCGGAAGUCGCAUUAUAAGUUUUCUCAACAUUGGUUUUAAAAUUGUUUUUUAAUUGUAAUUUUUCAUUAAGUACAAAGGUUUGUUUUCAUUUUUUAUUUUCUUUGAGUACGCCUAUCAGUGGUGAAUGUACAAAUAAUAAAAAUUGAAGUUUGAAAUUA